UCCUUCCAGCAUUGACAGAUAUGCAUACAUGCCCCUCCCUUUCCAAGCGGCCGUCAGCCAAACAAACCAAUUAUAACACAAGGUUUAAAGACUUCGUGUGACGGACGUUGUCUUGAGCCAAUCAGAAACCUAGAUGCCACUCUACCAAAAUACCGGACAUGAACUCUGAAGCAACUAGCAAAAUAGCUACUUUGUUUUUGUCGCUUGGUUAGCUGACAGCUAGGCUACUACACUACUUUCUCUCUAAACAACAAUGUCUGCACACUCAUUUUUGGAGCUUUGAAGCAUAGGACACUCAUUGAAUGAUUGUAGUAGAUGCAAACGAUGGGAUAUUUUGUUGAAUGAAGCAAACUCGCUAGCUGCCGAUAGGAGGAUGAACUCCAUCACCGGUCGGGAUGUUGCUAUCCCCGCUGCAGCUGUCACUAACUCCGGAGUUUCAUCCACCCGAGCACUGCAUGUAGAACUCACAUCCCAGCAGAGACGACUACGCCACCUCCGCAGCAUCGCUGCCAGAAACAUCGUCAACAAGAAUGGGUCUCCACUGCUUGACACCUACUUCACCCUCCACCUCUGUAUAGAAGACCGCAUAUCGAGAGACUUUUAUGAAAGUGAGAUCAUAAGAGAUUCGCUGAAUCCGACGUGGCGGAGCCUGGAUUUUGGCAUGCUGCCUGACCUACUGGACACGUCGGUGUCGUGCUUCGUGGUGAGGAUCUGGGGCGGUCAGCUCCAGCAGUACCAGCUCCUCAUCGAGUGGAAGGUCAACCUGGACGGCCUGCGAUACACCGGCCAACAGAUUCGCUCCAGGAGUCCAAAUGAGAUUAUAUUUGGAUUGAAUGAUGGCUACUACGCAGCUGACUUUGAUCAUAAGGACCUGUCGGAACGCAAGAAGCACAGCCUGCUGCAGGUGGACCAGCACUCUGUCCGCAACUCCUACAGCGUCUUCUCCCUGCUCAGGCUCCACACGGCCCAGAGAGCCAUCAAGCAGACCCAGGUGACGGUGCAGAAGAUCGGGAAGGAGAUCGAGGAGAAGCUGAGGACGACGGCUGCUUGCACAGAGCGGAAGAAGGAGCGGGAGUGCAUGGAGCUGUGCCUCGGUGUGCUGCGCAGCGAGCUGCAGCGCCAGAGGAAGGCGCUAGGCAGGGAGACGGACCUGAGGCAGAAGGAGCGGGCGCAGCUCAACAAGAAAGAGGAAGCGUUCUCCUUUCAGCGCCAAAGUCUGGAGGAAGAGAAGGAGUCCUUAGCCAAGCAGCAGAAGGAAUGCACCGCCAAGAGGGAGCAGUUCCUCAAGUCCAACGCUCAGCUCACCUUCCGUUGUCGGCAGCUCCUGUCUGAGCUGUCCUACAUCUACCCCAUCACUGUGGCAAAUCAGUCGGAUUACGUCAUCUGUGGAGUUAAGCUGCCCAACUCGGAGGACUUCCAAGCAAAGGAUGACGGGAGCGUGGCAGUGGCCCUCGGUUACACGGCGCACCUGGUCCUGAUGGUGUCCUGCUUCCUCCAGAUCCCUUUACGGUAUCCAGUUAUCCACAAGGGUUCCCGGUCCUCCAUCAAGGACACCAUCACCGACAGGCUGACGGAGAAGGAGAGAGAGUUCCCUUUGUACCCCAGAGGAGAGCGCUUCCACUUUGAAUACGCCGUCUACCUGCUCAACAAGAACAUCGCCCAGCUGAGAUAUCAGCACGGCUUAUCCACUCCAGACCUGAGUCAAACGCUGCCUAACCUGAGGAACUUCCUGGAGCACGGCCUGCUGGUCAGAUGCGACCAGCACUUUGUCUCCAGCGCCAUCCCGGUUCCGGUCAAAUCCCAGCUCAGCGUGUCGGCCAUGUCGGAGAUGGGCUACCCCUGCCACACCAGCUCCCCGGAGAGAGGCGUGAGGAAGAGGGCCAGCUCGGAGACGGACAAGCUCAAGUACAAAGACGGCGCCGUGCCAAGCUACGACAUGGCCAUGGGCGAGCAGCCGGCGGCCGCCGGGGGCCCCACGCAACCCUCCCCGAAGCCCCUCUCCUCCUCCCUGGACACAGCCGCGCCACUGCGCACCCUGUCGGAGGGUCUGGAGGUCAAGGAGCAGGGAGGCAGGGGGGGAUCCGGGGACGAGGCAGCUGAGUGUGUCGGGGAGGAGGAAGUAGCGGCGGAGGUGGUGGUGGUGGCGGCGACGGAGCAACAAGGAAGCAGCGAACGACGGGUUCAAGGCAACGAGGGAACGAUGGAGGAGGGAAGGGAGAUGGAGGAGCCGGGGACCACCGGCAGCACCUUUGACCCGAAUCCGGCUGCUCAGGCUGGGGUGGAGGCCCUCGCAGAGGAGGGGGGGCAGCAGGCGGCGCCUGGCAGUCAGCCGACGGGGGCCAUGAACGGCACGCUGACCCCGGGACAGGACCUGACCGGCGGGGCGGACGGCUCCGGCCCGGACCUGCGCUGCUCGGUGGAGCAGGCGGAGGAGAUCAUGGGCACGGAGGCCACGGGGCUGGGGCUGGGGCUGGGGCUGCGGCUGGGCGGCGGUAGCGGUGGCCACGGCGGCGGCGGCGGGGCGCGGCUGGACGACUACCCCUGCAUCCCGGUGGAGCACGCGGUCGCCGUGGAGUGCGACGAGCAGGUGCUCGGGGAGCUGGACGCCGCCGGCUUCGAGGAGUUCUCCCGCCGCAUCUACGCUCUGAACGAGAACAUGCCCAGUUUCCGGAGGCCACGCAAGAACUCCGACAAGUGAGGCGGCGGCGGCGGCGGCGGCGGCGACGGAGCUAAGUGGAAGAGGAGGAUGUGGAGGGGGGGGGGGGCCCGGGGUUGGUCUUCCAGGGUCCUGGACGUGACGACGGGUCGGGGACCUGCUUUAAGAAAGGAGGCGGUCCCCCAGUGUGACUCCCUGUUUCAUGCAUCAUAGCGUCAACACACAUUGGAAAGAUACUGGGACGAUGACCAAUUUGCACUUCUUGUAAAGCUUCUACAGUAAUUCCUUCAAUAUAAUGCAGUUUAAGGCAGUAUUGGGUCAGUAAUCAAAGAAAAUAUAUAUUUUAUUUUUUUGCCCUUUAUUUAUCUAUUUCUUUUAUAAAGUAUUUUUUAUCCUUUUUUUUUUCUUUUCUUUUUUUCUAUAGAUCAAAUAAAUUAUCCCUGAGUGAUUGAUUAGAGGCUGUUGUUGUUACCCCGAACCUGUGGUUUUUAACUUCAUUAAUGAUGUAUAACUUAAUGAUUAUAAGCCACUAAAGUAAAUUAGCAACCACUUCAAUGAAAGCUGUACUUUGUGUCAGGAGAACAACAUUAGAGGAUUCCUUCAUCCUAGUUUGUUGUUCUUCUCCGGUCCUUCUCCGGUCCCAACUGUAGCAGACACUUUCACGUAUGAUAAUUUUGUCAUCUUUCCUUCUCCUCACAACAAAACUGCUGGGCAUUGAUCAUGGCAUGAAACGCGCCCUCUCUCGCUAAAAGCUCAGGUGGCGGUCAGUCCAAGGAGCAGUGGGGUUUACUUUGUGAGGUCUGACCCUGUAACCGUUUCUGGAUGGUUCAACACGCUCAGGACUGGAACAUUACCUCUGUGAUACCAUUCAAUGCUAAAUAACAAGCCUAAUACAUAGAGAAGGAAAGCAAAAUAUUCGAGAUCCUGUGUCUGAGGAGCACUAUUCGAACUGAGAUUUAAAGCUCUUGAUUUGGAAACUACCUGACUUGGCUCAAACACAAGCCCCCACUGUUUCCAUUACUUGUGCUUUUCAACUGUAGAUGCAAAUAUCACUCAGAUGCUUCCCACUACCCUGGCCUUUGUUCUGUGUGUGCGUGUGUGUGUGUGUGUGUGUGUGUGUGUGUGUGUGUGUGUGUGUGUGUGUGUGUGCGUGUGCGUGCAAGCGUGCUUGUGUUCCCACCAAUGACCUUUUGGGACAGUGUUGGCCAGUCGAUCCAGUGCCUGAUGAUUUCAAAGUGAGGUGGGAGGUCAGUCCCUCGUCCAAACACUUGACACGAUAUUAACUGUCCUACACUGCAUUUCCCAGCCCCCUUGGGUCAAACCUGGGGGAACGGCUCAACGUUGUCUCCUACUUCUCCACCAACAGCAGCAAACGGCACAUGGCAGGGAACGGUGCAAUGUUAUCUGUUUAUUUUUUUCCAUCCUCAACUUUGUUUUCCCAUGUUCACCUUUUUUGUGUCGUUCUUAGGAUUUAAUAUCAAUGUUAAUGUCAGCGCGUCACAAUUGCCCAUUUCCCCGGACCCCGAAAAAUACGG